AUGGGUCGUAUUCAUAAAGAAUAUUAUAGCGCUAAUGCGAGAUUUUUAUCAGUUGAGGCAAUCAAAGAUAUUAAAACAUCACCCGGUAGAGUACCUGAUGCUAUAAAUUCUAUGGCAAAGAAAUAUCGUAUAUCCUAUGUUCGAGCCGAAGAUUAUAUUGAAAAUCGGGAGCGUAAACAACAAAUGAUAUACUCUCAUUCAUCUCAACCAUCUAUACUUGUAAAUGAUUACUUGCCAAACACUGAAAUCCCUGGACAAAAUAUAAAUAAUGAUUUCCAUCUCGAUUCUCAAUCGCAAGUCACCAAAAUAACUUUGCAUAGCUCUGCUGAUAUUCCAGAUAAACAGACGAAAAAGAGGCGAUCGAAGUCCAAAUUUGUACGAAUUUCUGAUCCAUCCACUAAUAGUAAUAGCCAACUUGAAAAG